GAUGAUCCUUCAGCCCAGGCCCGUAACCCAAUCUGGCCCCCGCCGUAUGCCUGACCUACUAUAUCUCUAGCACCCCGCUUCUUUGGCCUCUUCCGUGCACAGAUGCUCUCAGAGCCAGCAGACAACACUAUCAAUAUGGCCAUCGAGCAAAAGUCGGCCACCUCGAUCGCCGAGCAGCCCUGGCGCUCAACAGACUUGCAAGGCCCGUCUGACCUCAGCACCGCGCAUUCCAUUGCCAGCUACGGAAGACCCCGAUCAUUCGACAUCGUUGAACCGCCGGCCCAGCUCUCCACAAACACCUUUCACAUCCGUGAUUCUGUCCCCGACGAUGUCUUUCCAGAUGGCGGGACCCGGUCAUGGUUUGUCGUUUUGGGAUCAUUUUUCCUACUGAUGAGCAGUUACGGCAUGAUGAACUCUACUGGUGUCCUACAGAGUUAUUUCGCCAGCAACCAACUCUCGGACUACACCAGUAGUGUCAUCGGCUGGAUUCCAGGUCUAUUUGUCUUCUGUGGCCUGGGCUUGGGUGCCCAAAUUGGUCCGAUGUUCGACAGGUACGGUCCUACGGGUAUCCUUAUCGCUGGGACGGCCUGCUACGUCGCGGGUCUGCUACUAAUGGCCGAAUGCCACCUCUACUGGCAAUUUAUCCUAACCUUUGGCGUACUCACUGGCAUGGGCGCCGCUCUACUGAGCACAGCCGCCAUUUCUGCUGUCCCUCAUUGGUUCGAUCGCCGAGUCGGCUUGGCCAUGGGCACGGCGAUGGCCGGAGCGGGAGUUGGGGGAGUUGUGUUUCCCUGGGUCCUCCGGGCAGGGUUUAAGGACCUUGGGUAUAAGUGGACCAUGCGGCUGCUUGCAUUGAUUGUGGGGACUAUGUGUGCGGUUGGGAUUGCUUUUGUUCGUUCUCGUCUACCAAGAAGCCAGAGUAAGCCGAGCAUCAACGUGCGUGCCUUUCAGGACGCCAGGUUUACUUGGUUGACCAUGGGAACAUUUAUCAUGGAGCUGGAAGUCUUUGGCUGCCUAGGUCUCUACCCGACAUACGUUGUAAUGCAGGGAUUCGGCACCACCACCAGCAUCAUCCUUCUGUCUAUCUUGAACGUGUUCUCUACCAUCGGUCGCCUUGUCGCCGGCGGUGUCGCAGACAAGUAUGGCCGAAUCAACACGCAGAUAGGACUGCUCGGUCUAGGUGCCGUGGCGGUCUUUGUCAUCUGGCUACCGUUCGGAAGCAAACUGGCAGGCCUCUAUAUUUUUAGCUGCGUAUACGGCUUCGCAUCCGGCUCCUUUAUUAGUCUUGCGCCAGCUUGCAUCGGGCAAAUUUCCAAAGCCAGCGAGGUGGGAGGGAGAUUUGGGGUUUGCUAUCUGACCGUCAGCUUUGCCACUUUGAUUAGUAUCCCGAUUGGUGGUGAGAUGAUUGAGACGGUCGGAAAGCCGGCCAUGGUGGCCUUUCUCGGUGCCGUUCUGGUCAUCGCGAUGGGCAUGUUCUCCAUGGCGCGGUGGUCGUGCCUUAAUUACCGAUGGCGAUGGCAGGCUAAAAUCUAGGUUUUGAAAGAGGCAGCCUCUAGGUACUAGAGUAAGUCUGUUAUUGUUGCAAUGAGCGAUAAAAGUUUGCUUUUUAUUCUCGGCUUUUCGUGUCUUCGUCGACAUACUGUCACGAUUUCGGUAGCUUCGACGGUGCUUCAAACAAAUUUUGGCGCUAUAUUAGUAAUGGGACAUAACUAAGAUUUCUUUUUCUUUUUGGUUCUUGCGAGGUUUAUUUUAUUGAAUAUGUUCACUCCCGAGUAUGCCACUCUGUUGGGGGGAUUGGGGAAGUUCUUGGCCGUUGAUGCGGCCAGAUACCUCGAGUUAGGGCUGCGCGGAAAUAUAGUGACCGUGAUUGGUGCAUUGACCCAGUUGAAUUAGCAUCCCGCCGGAGCUAAU